CAUUUCGAUAUAGGCUAUGCACUAUAUCUAAUGAUAUAUAAGUUACUUCGGGACGCGACAUGGCCCAGAACCCAUACUAUCCGGAAUACGGUUCUUUACGAUUUAGGAAGGAUUUUGGAUUAAGUAAGUGUCCACAUAAAAAUUUCCUAAAUUAAAUUAAAUGCUUAUAUUUUUCAGGUGUUGUUGAAGUUAAAGUUCAAAGUGCGAAAAGGCCACAGAAGCAGAGGAAACGAUUGAUUGGGAAAUUAAUGAACCUGACACCAACGGGCCGAAUGAUAUACGACGAAUAUAAAAAAUCUAAACGUCAGGCAGAUUUUUACCACAGGGCUAAGAGGGCCUUGAAAUUCAACAAAGAGAAAUCCUUUCAAGAAUUGACAAAAGACAUGAAUCCGUAUGCGAAAACUAUUUUGAAAAUGCAAAUCAACCUUUGCAAUAAAAAUAAGAAAGGGCGUCGAUUUUCAUUGGAAGAAAAACUAAUAGCACUGUCGAUAAUGAAACAAAGCCCUAAGUGCUAUAGGUUCCUGCACAAAAUUUUUAUUCUGCCGUCGCGAUCGACUCUAAAUAAAAUGGUUGCAGGACUUAAGAUCGAGUCUGGGAUUUGUCCUCAAGUAUUUGAAGUAAUAAGAAGAGAGACCGAAAAAUGGAGCUACAAAAAAAAACUGUGUUCAGUCAUAUUUGACGAAAUGUCUUUAGAGGCUGGCUUGUCUUAUGACAAAAACAAAGAUAAAAUUAAUGGGUUAGUAGAGCUUGGCGAGAGAAAAAAUGAUUUCGCUGAUCAUGCCCUCGUGUUUAUGUUGAGAGGAGCUGUCCACAAGUGGCAGCAGCCAAUAGCCUUUUAUUUUUGCCAAGGCGCUACUAAAGGCACAGAAUUAAAAAGUAUACUCGUGGAUAUUAUCACAGCGGUUGUAGGAUGCGGGUUAAAGCCGAUAUCCCUUAUUUGCGACCAAGGGUCAGCUUUCCAAGCGGCUCUAAAUUGCCUGAAGGCUGACACAGCGCGUGACCAAUUACUGACAAAUCAGGAACCAGAUGGCACAGUAACAAUAAACGAAGUCAAACUGAUGGUUAUAUUCGACCCUCCUCAUCUUAUUAAAGGAUUGAGAAAUAAUUUUUUGAAUAAAGACAUUUCCUUUGAAGGAAAAUUAUCCACAUGGAGAGACAUCGUGGAUGUAUACGAAACGGACUGCAAUAAUAUGGAAACAAGAAUGCUGCAUAAGUUAAAUGACCAGCAUGUGAUACCUGAAAAAAUUAAAAAGAUGAAGGUCAAGAACUGUGUAAAAGUAUUUAGUUACACACUGUCUUCGGCUCUAUCUUACACAGCCAACUUCUCUCACUAUGCGGACGGCAGACCUGUGAGUGAAACAUUAAGAAACACUGCUGAAACAGUUUUGUUCUUUGAUAAAUUGUUUGAUAGCAUCAACGGAUCAGCAACCUAUUCACAAAAGAAAGGAAAAGAGCUACGCUGUGCAGUGACAGAAAAAUCUAAGCACCAUGAAUUUUGGCCGGAGAGCAUCGAGAAACUGGAAAAAAUUAAAUAUGUAGAUUCCAUGGGAAAUCCGAAAUCCGUGCCUUCCUUAAAAAACUUUAUUGCCACGGUAAAAACAUUCAUGAAGCUGUGGCAGUUUUUUAAGAGCAAAAAUAUGACAAUAAUGCGCCCAAGGUUCUUCAAUUCAGAUCCAAUUGAAAACUUCUUUGGCCAAGUCAGGGCCUAUAAUUAUAGGAACAACGACCCCAACUGCCACAGUUUCAAGAACACCUUUAAAUCAUUAUUGAUUACUAGAAUGAUAAAGUUUCAUGGUGACGCUUAUAAUUGUGAGGAUGACUCGGCAGACCAAAUAAUUAAUUUAAAAUCAUUAUUUGAAGAUAGUGAAACUGCUAGGGUCGAGCCGGGUCAUCCCAAAGUAGGAGAUGUAGAAGAUACUGUAGAAGAGGCCCAACGGGAGCAACUAAAUGUUCUCCAUUCGCGAGCGUACACUGCUGGAUGGGUGGUAACAAAAACAAUGCAGAAAUAUAAUAAUCAAUGUGACAGUUGCAGAAAAAGCCUUACUACUAAAGAAGGCGCAAUCCACAAAUGGAUUCAUCAAAGAGAGUAUGAUGCCGCCACGAAACGCCUUACUUACCCAUCCAGAGGUGCUGUUCGGUGUUUCGGUACAAUUAUUAAAGAAACAAACGGAUUCUUGGAACACCGAGCCCAUGAAUUAAAUCUGACGGCCAAAAUUAUGGAAAAAAUUUUGUUCAACAAUCCAUUUAGUUUCUUUAAAUGUACCACACACCGUGAAAUUUUGUCAUAUUUUAUUUCCGUGACAGUAAAGUUCUCGAUUACAAAUUGGUGCAAUAACAUUAAUAAAAUAUUAAAAGGAACGGAUAUUGUGCGGAUAAAAAACCGCACUUUGCCUGCGAUGCAGCAGAAAGCUUUUUUAAAAUAUAAGAAAAGACUGAGGAAUAAAUCGUUUAAUAAAUAAAAUUGUGUUUUAUUUAAAUUAUUGCGACAAGUGUAGUUCCCGGCAUUUAAAUUGAACACUGACUCAAU